AGAGGAGUCCCCAGUGCCUUUGUCUGAGAUGCCAGCUAGCUGUGGCUUCUCACUGAAGCGGGCACGCAGGGAUGUCUCUCUUGUUGCUCCAUACAGGGGCUGUCAUGUCAGACAACAGGGUGCAAGAUAUAUUUUGCCACUCAUUAUAAUGGGAGCUCCAGUGCAAGUGUCUUGCACUGUGAGCCGUCCCCUCCCUACUGUGUCCUGCUUUUCCUUUGGCAUGAUCGUCAAAUCUUGUGUCAGGGCAGAUGAUGUUAAAGUUAAAGUUGAUGGAUCAUGGCAGCCUCUGCUUCUGAAGUACACUCAAUGCUCACUUACAUUGGAGACCUCUGCUGGUUUGCUGUUUAUCACUGCACCAUUCACCGGAAGCUGUUGGGAAAUGACUGAUAAUGAAAGGCGACUCCCUUUGAUGUACGGUGACCAGGAAGUGAUUCAUUCCUGUCCUCUGGCACAGCCAACCAUAACCCCAACUGUAGCCCCAACCACACCGCUACGUGACCCAACUGUCUUGCAACAGAUGUUUGACCGUUUCCCUUCUGGAGGACCCUGGCGGUAUCCUCCAUACCCUGGUGUACCUGCUACUCUGCCUCCCACUGUGCCACCUACAGCUGCUCCUUUUCGAUAUCCUUUCCAGCAACCCAUGUACCCUCCCAAGUAUCCCAUGCCAAUAUUUGAUCCCUUUUACCCUAAAGGUGACCCAGCUGCUCCCCCAGCAGCACAACCACCACAAUAUCCCUGGUACCCAAAGCUGACUCCUUACAUGACUGGCUUCCACAGCCCAGUAGAAGUGACCACUCCUGCUACGACCACAACUGCCCCAUACCAGCCUGAACACCAGUAUCCAGGUUAUCCAAUGUACCCACCGUUCUACGGUCAACUACCCAUCAAGUCUGGGUCUCCAACUGUGAAAAACCCUGUCAUGCCUCCAUAUCCUAAGGCUUCAGGCUUUGGUCCCCGUGCCCGUAGGUUACGGUCUUCUCCUGCAUCAUCCUCCGUCUACGGGUCUCAUAGGUAACCACUUGACUGAGCAGAUGAGUGGACCCUGAAGUGGCAUUCCUCUUGACACCAGAAUGAACUGACCUCAAUAGCUUGCUUGGUGUAAGCCUAAUAAAGCUUUGAAUUAAAA